AUGCAGACAAGGUACAUGGAAAGAUCGAACAGUAUGGCGGCAAGAGAAAAACGGCGUUUGGAUCCAAGUAGUAGUCAGGAUGCUCAGCCUGACAGGAAACGCCCUGCUCUUGCCAGUGUUAUUGUUGAAGCUCUAAAGGUGGACAGUCUGCAGAAACUUUGCUCAUCAUUGGAGCCGAUUCUUCGAAGAGUUGUCAGCGAAGAAGUAGAGCGUGCUUUGGCGAAAUUGGGCCCUGCCAAGCUUAACGGGAGGGUUUCUCCAAAAAGAAUUGAAGGUCCUGAUGGAAGGAAUUUACAGCUGCACUUUAGGUCCAAGUUAUCACUUCCUCUAUUUACAGGAGGAAAAAUAGAGGGAGAGCAGGGUAAUGCACUCCAUAUUGUCUUGGUCGAUGCAAACUCAGGCCAUGUUGUGACAUCAGGUCCAGAGUCCUCAGUUAAAUUAGACGUUGUUGUGCUUGAAGGCGAUUUUAACAACGAGGAUGAUGAAGGCUGGACUCCAGAAGAAUUUGGGUCUCAUAUUGUGAAAGAACGUGAGGGAAAGAGGCCACUUCUCACUGGGGACUUACAAGUGACACUGAAGGAAGGUGUUGGAACCCUUGGGGAGCUGACAUUUACUGACAACUCUAGUUGGAUUAGGAGCAGAAGAUUUAGACUUGGUCUGAAGGUUGCAUCAGGUAGUUGUGAUGGUUUUUACAUCCGUGAAGCAAAAACAGAAGCCUUCAUAGUUAAGGAUCACAGAGGAGAAUUGUACAAGAAACAUUACCCACCUGUACUUAGCGAUGAAGUUUGGAGACUGGAAAAGAUCGGGAAAGAUGGAUCAUUCCACAAGAGGCUUCUUGAAGCCGGAAUAUCCACAGUUGAAGAUUUUCUGCGACAUGUAACAAGAGAUCCACAUAGGCUUCGGAAUAUUCUGGGCAGUGGAAUGUCAAAUAAGAUGUGGGACGUUCUUGUAGACCAUGCAAAGACCUGUAUCCUGAGUGGAAAAUUCUAUGUAUUCUAUCCCGAUGAGCCAAAGAAUGUUGCAGUUGUCUUUAACGAUAUCUAUGAAUUAAGUGGUUUGAUUGCUGAUGGGCAAUAUCAUUCAAUUGAUUUUCUUCCCGACAAUCAGAAGGGUUUUGUGGACACCUUGGUGAAGAAGGCAUAUGAAAAUUGGAGAAAUGUGACAGAAUAUGAUGGAAAAUCUCUUGUGGACUUUGGUCAAAACAAAAAUCCAGUUGUUUCCCAAAACGAUCACAGGAAUAUCUUACAGGACCAGUCGAACUCUUUUGAUCAUCUUGGUCAGCUCAGUCUACAAAGCCUUCCCUCCUCGGCUCCUGCCGAGCAUCCUUAUACGAACCCAGGAUUGACCCUUGGAGGUCAUAACAACAAUAUCGGUAGUAGAUAUAACAUGCAAACGCAGAAUACGGAUCUCAAUGUUGCUAUACAGUUAGAUGGCACUAGCUUCCUACCGCACAGCCAUCUAUUCCACACAACUCAACAAGGUCAACCAUCCGGAACUCAGAAUACACUCGCCCAUUGUCCACCACAGUUGAAUACGCCAAGCUUACACUCUGUCGGUAUGCCAAAUCUUACUUUUAAGGGAUACGAGGAUAUAUCUGAGGAUGAUAUCCGUAUGCGAAGUCAUGAGAUGCUUGAAAAUGAAGACAUGCAACACAUGCUUAGAAUAUUGAGUAUGGGUGGCGCUGGUUCCUCAUCCUUUAAUAUCAACGACAAUAAUUUCACAUUCACACCCGACAUGCCUUUGAACUUCGAUUUCCAAGAGGAUCGUAGACGUUCAUCUGGUAAGGCUGUUGUUGGGUGGCUCAAACUUAAAGCAGCUCUAAGAUGGGGCAUCUUCGUCAGAAAGCAAGCUGCUGAGAGAAGAGCACAGAUUGUAGAACUGGACGACUUGUAG